ACCACAACACCGCCAACAUGGUUCGUCUGUCUGUUGCCGCUAUUCUUGCUUGCUCCCUCUCCGUCUACGCCCUCGGCGACCCGGCUGGAGCCAAGAACGUCGGAAAUGGCAACGGAGGCCAGUUUAUCGGUGGCCAGUGUCUCUCUAGCAAGGACUGUGCUUCGACCUGCUGCGCCUUCAUCAGCGGUGGCGGUGUCUGCUCUGGUAUCGGUGCUCAGUUCCAGGCCGGAAAGUCUGGCUGCGGCUUCGGUGACGGCGGUGCUCCUCCUGCCCAGACCACCCCCAGCGCGAGCAACAACGCCAACACCGGCAGUACCAGCGGAACCUCGGCCAACGUUCCCGCUGGCUUCAACACCGCCGUCGGUGACCCGGCCGGCGCCAAGAACCUCGGCAACGGUGCGGGCCAACAGUUCAUCACCGGAGUCUGCCUGAGCGACGCCGACUGUGCCUCCGGCUGCUGUGCCGGCCUCAACGGCGGUGCCGUCUGCUCCGGCGUCGGGGCCCAGUUCCAGAACGGCAAGACUGGCUGCGGCUUCCCCAGCACUUCCUCUCCAUCUGGCGCUGCCGCUGCCGCUCCGGCUCCGGCUGCGACUCCUGCUGCGGCUCCUGCGCAGGGCAGCAACAACGCCGCCGUCAGCGCUCCCGCCGGCUUCAACACCGCUGUUGGUGACCCAGCUGGCGUCAAGAACCUCGGAAACGGUGCGGGCCAGCAGUUCAUCACCGGAAUCUGCCUCAGCGACGCCGACUGCGCUUCCGGCUGCUGCGCCGCUCUCAACGGCGGAGCUGUCUGCUCUGGUGUUGGUGCCCAGUUCCAGAACGGAAAGACUGGCUGCGGCUUCUCUGCCAAGAAGCGAAGCGUUCCGGCCCCUCGUGUUGCUCGAAGCUUCCGUGCUUAAGCAAUUGAUGAAGUUGGGUGGCUUUACAAAGUGGUGGACUGGG